AAGGUAAGUGGUAACUGCCAAGUGGUAAUCCAAUGAGCAUUAUCCGGGGUGAAGUGAGGAUCACGCGGAAAGUAAGUGCGCGUGUUGCAAUUCGAGCGCACGUUAGCUUCUCCCCCCACCAAAUCGGUGGUGUCCCCCUUGUCCUAUCCUGUCCACAUCUCAAAACCUGCCGCCCACCACCACCCAAAAUUAUGUUAACCAACGCCACCACCACCAAACCAUUCAUUCUCUCCUUAUCACCACAUCCUCCUCCUAAAUUCCUCCACCUCUUCUCAACAAUCCCUCCAUGGCUUCCUCUCCACCAAACUCCACCCUUCCUCCUCUCCCAGAUCCACCCAUCGCAUUACCUCUCGCUCUCCCGGCCCCACUCCCACUCCCACUUGCUCUCCCACCCUCCACCCGCCGCCUUCCUCCUCCCUGUUGGUCCCCCGACGAAACCCUUGCAUUAAUCGAUUCUUACCGCGACAAAUGGUACUCUCUCGGCCGUGGAAACCUAAAAGCCACUCACUGGCAAGAGGUUGCUGACGCUGUUUCCCAGCGUUGCCCUAACGCUUCUCCGUCGAAAACUCCCGUUCAGUGUCGCCAUAAGAUGGAGAAGCUUCGUAAGCGCUACCGUACUGAGAUCCAACGCGCUCGAUCACUGCCUGUGUCUCGCUUUAACUCUUCUUGGGUUCACUUCAAACUCAUGGAUUCCAUGGAGAAAGGUCCUUCUCCUGUUAAACCUGAAAACGAUUCCGAUAGUCCCGACGAUGACGAAGAAGAUGAUCACGAUCAAGAUCUGUACGAGGAGAUAAAAAACGGUCAUGGAUCUAACACCAGGAGCAUCAAUAAGCUGUAUAAGAACGGGUAUGGAAGCGGUGUUGGUGUUGGUAUCGGUGGCGGUGUUGGUGGCGGGUAUAGGAUUAGGUUUCCGACUGCACAACCUGAGUUCAAGUUUGGUUCUGAACAGAAAUAUAACCCUAACCCUAACCCUAAUCCUAAUCUGAAUCAUCACUAUGGGACACCGAUGGCGGCGGCAACGACAAUGACGAAGGUGUUGGGGAAUAAGAGGGAGAGAGAUCCUUUGGGAGAGAUUGUAUCGGCGAUUAAGUUAUUGGGAGAUGGGUUUGUGAGAAUGGAGCAAAUGAAGAUGGAGAUGGCUAGGGAGAUUGAAGGUAUGCGAAUGGAGAUGGAAAUGAAGCGAACUGAGAUGAUUCUUGAAUCACAACAGAGGAUUGUGGAGGCAUUCGCCAAGGCGGUUUCUGACAAUGACGAUUACAACUACAACAACAAUAGCAAGAAGCCUAUUAAUAAGAGAAUUCCAUCACCACAACAACCCUAAUGUUCCACACUUAUCAUUGGACUUUAACAGUUUGCUCUAGUAAGUAACACGAUUUAAGUUUCUGUUUUUUGUUGCUAGUUUUCUGUUUUGCUCUUUGUUUUAGAUUUUUUUCUUUGUUGCCACUUUUUGUAAUUUUAAGUCAAGAGACAGAAAUUUGCAACUUGAUCUGUUUUAGAUUUGAUUGUUGGUAAAUUAUGAAUGUAGCUUUAGAUUUUCAGACUCUGCUCAUGAUUCUCAUGCUGUCUUUUGUAUGUUUUACUGAAA